AUCUCUUCAGUCUCUCGUGCACCUGUCUCAACCUAAAACCAUGACAACUCACUCACGGCGGAAAUUUACGCGUUUAAUAACACGGCGUCGCUGACGUAACAAUGCCAGGUACCGAAUAACGUCGAGAUAAGAGCAAAAAAUCCCGUCACCGUGUCGACAAGCAAUCGAGCCGAAGUCACGCUCCGAUACGCAACAUCACACGCGUGCCAAGGGGAGAGCGUUUUACGCGCGGCAGAUGCGUCCCUAUCCUCGCUGAGAUGAUGGCUCCGUGGACGCUCUUCUGCAUCCUCGCCAUUGUGAAAAGCAGUCAUGGAGCAGAUACAGAAGAGAGACUGGUGGAGCAUCUUCUUAAUCCGGCCCACUACAAUAAACUGAUUAGACCAGCGACCAAUGGCUCUGAAUUGGUGACGGUGCAACUGAUGGUCUCGCUUGCCCAGCUCAUCAGUGUGCAUGAGAGAGAGCAGAUCAUGACCACUAAUGUCUGGCUUACACAGGAGUGGCAGGAUUACAGGCUAAUAUGGAGCCCGGAUGAGUUUGAUGGCAUGAAGAAGGUUCGCCUUCCCUCCAAACAUAUCUGGUUACCUGAUGUUGUCCUUUACAACAAUGCUGAUGGGAUGUAUGAGGUCUCCUUCUACUCCAACGCUGUCGUCUCCUACGAUGGAAGUGUCUUCUGGUUGCCACCAGCCAUCUACAAGAGUGCCUGUAAAAUUGAGGUGAAGCACUUUCCAUUCGACCAGCAGAACUGCACGCUAAGCUUUCGUUCGUGGACGUACGACCGCACGGAAGUGGACUUGGUUCUGCGCGCGGAUGUGGCCAGCAUGGACGAUUUCACACCUAGCGGAGAAUGGGACAUCAUCGCCCUUCCCGGCCGUCGGAACGAGAACCCCUCUGACCCUACCUACGUAGAUAUCACCUACGACUUCAUCAUCCGUCGCAAACCUCUCUUCUACACCAUCAACCUCAUCAUCCCAUGCGUGCUCAUCACCUCGCUGGCUAUCUUGGUGUUCUACCUGCCAUCGGACUGCGGUGAGAAGAUGACUCUUUGUAUCUCCGUGCUCCUUGCUCUCACUGUGUUCCUCCUUCUGAUCUCCAAGAUCGUGCCGCCCACGUCUCUGGACGUUCCUCUGGUUGGGAAGUACCUGAUGUUCACCAUGGUGCUGGUGACCUUUUCUAUCGUGACAAGCGUGUGCGUGUUGAACGUGCAUCACCGGUCGCCCACCACACACACGAUGCCACCAUGGGUCAAGCUUGUGUUUCUCAACAAGCUCCCCGCAUUGCUUUUCAUGAGACAACCGCGCAACAGCAGCGAACGGCAACGUUUGCGACAGCGUCGCCGUGCCAAUGAACAGCAGGAAGGUGGUUUGGCUGCAGGGCUUAUGGCGGGGCUGGGCCUGGGCGUGUCUUCAUCUGGGAGUAAAGAAAACAAUGAGGCAUGCACUUGCUACGUAAACCGAGCCUCAGUAAAACAGUUCGGGGCGGAGUUGGGUGGCGGGGGGUCGACGGAUGGACUGAAUGGGUUGAGGGAAGGGGGCAGAGAGGCCAGGGAAGGAGGUUCGAAUACAUUGCAGAGCUCUGCUGUGCCUCGAGGGAAGCAACAGAACCCCACUGUCCUCACACAGGCCCUGUUGGCCCAGGCCUGCCCAGGGUUCGAUGAGGCUGUGGAUGGAGUCCGCUUCAUAGCAAACCACAUGAAGAGUGAGGAUGAUGACCGUAGUGUGAGCGAGGACUGGAAGUACGUGGCUAUGGUAAUCGAUCGCCUAUUCCUCUGGAUCUUUGUGUUUGUGUGUGUUUUUGGCACAAUCGGGAUGUUUCUUCAACCACUGUUCCAAAACUACACCGCUAAAACUAUUACCCACACACCUGGCUGACAAACCCCCUAACACCGCAACACCAAGAGACGCUACCCACCAUCAGUCGCGAGGGGAAAAGGGAAGGUCUGCCCAAGAGGAAGGGAAUUAUAACUGGUCAACGUGUUUCUCUGGACUAAUCUUUUAGGUUAAUACAAUCCUUUUGGGAAUAUAACAACAAUAAAAAAAACAAAAUCUGGAUUUGGUCCAGGAUUUUCAUGCAAGAUGUCCGGUCCUUGUCCCGUCCUUUUAAGUAAAAACCACGGAGUCGGAGUCACCAGUCGGAGAGGAAGGAGACACCAGUUUACCAGUUGCUCUGCAAAUCUAAAGCCAUGCACCGCCCACAAACUCCACAAUAAUGAGCCCUUUGCAGUUACACAUUCAAUUUGUCACUAAUACAUGCAACCAAGUCAAAAAACAUUGAAUUUACAUGCCAGCUCUGUAUUCUUUUAUUUUUUUGUACUGAAAACACAGCAAGUACUUGUUUCUGUGCAAACAUAUGUCUGGUUCUUGGAAACAGGGCUUUUAUGCAGUAUUGUAUUAUUAAUAAGGUCAAUAAGUGAAUUGUUUUAACACAACACACAUUUGGAAAGUUGGCACGACAAAAUUGGUGUAUUGUUUGCAAGUGGAGCAGGUUAAAUAUGGCAAAUAAGUGAGGACUUUUGAUUUAUCAUUAAAUGGGUCUCUGUGGCCUAUUGGAGACAUUACAGGGGUCCCAGAGUGGGCAGGCAGACUGACUAAUACAAAAACAGCAGAGUCUAAAGCUAUCUUAUUCCUGCAGGUGAACACAGAGAUAAACUAAAAGGCAUGAUUAUAUUCUGUUUCACUGUUUAUCUGUCCAAGUUUUCAGAUUGGAUAAACUGACUAAAUCCAAGCAUUGCAAUGAUGUUAAACCUCCUAUAAAUUGAAUCUUCAUGCCCUUUUAUUUUCUUAUCUCAUUUGCUCCUCUGUGCUUCUUUUCAUUACUACAGUAUAAUCUAUGCUCUUGUACAUUGCAACAUGCAUUGCAGUGCACGCUGUAUAUCAAGUCUAUAUUCAAGGGUCUAGUCCAGCGCAGGAGGAGUAUACUUUCACACUAACCCACAUUCAUUUGAAUUGUAGUCUGUCACACUUUCUAUUCAACUUUUUGUAAACCUGUUCUGCAUUACUGCUCAUUUAAAGUAAAUGCUAUGAAUAUGUAAAGCCUACACAUCCUGUAUUUUAAAACACAUCCGGUCAGCCAUUUUGAAAUUUCAUUGAUUUUCAUGUCGGAAGGUCAAAAAUUGCAAGAUCAGACAACAGUGAAUCUGCAUAGUCAAUAUGCUGCUGACAGCUCAUGAGUCAUGAUUACAAAGCAAAGCAAUAAAAUCACAGCUAUUUCCUCUGCUAACUGGACCUACAUAUGCUUCUUCGAGUUAACACAUUUUGGUGAAGUCCUCAUAUUCAUCUACACUCAUCUAAAGGAUUAUUAGGAACACCAUACUAAUACUGUGUUCAACCCCCUUUCGCCUUCAGAACUGCUUUAAUUCUACGUGGCAUUGAUUCAACAAAGUGCUGAAAGCAUUCUUUAGAAAUGUUGGCCCAUAUACCAUCUUGCAGUUGAUGGAGAUUUGUGGGAUCCACAUCCAGGGCACGAAGCUCCCAUUCCACCACAUCCCAAAGAUGCUCUAUUGGGUUGAGAUCUGGUGACUGUGGGGGCCAUUUUAGUACAGUAAACUCAUUGUCAUGUUUAAGAAACCAAUUUGAAAUGAUUCGAGCUUUGUGACAUGGUGCAUUAUCCUGCUGGAAGUAGCCAUCAGAGGAUAAGUACAUGGUGGUCAUAAAGGAAUGGACAUGGUCAGAAACAAUGCUCAGGUAGGCCGUGGCAUUUAAACAACGCCCAAUUGGCACUAAGGGGCCUAAAGUGUGCCAAGAAAACAUCCCUCACACCAUUACAUCACCAUAAUGGUAGUAAUAAAGGCAUGAUGGAUCCAUGUUCUCAUUCUGUUUAUGCCAAAUUCUGACUCUACCAUCUGAAUGUCUCAACAGAAAUCGAGACUCAUCAGACAAGGCAACAUUUUUCCAGUCUUUACUUAUCCAAUUUUGGUGAGCUCGUGCAAAUUGUAGCCUCUUUUUCCUGUUUGUAGUGCACGAGUGGUACCCAGUGGGUUCUUCUGCUGUUGUAACCCAUCCGCCUCAAGAUUGUGCGUGUUGUGGCUUCACAAAUGCUUUGCUGCAUACCUCGGUUGUAACGAGUGGUUAUUUCAGUCAAAGUUGCUCUUCUAUCAGCUUGAAUCAGUCGGCCCAUUCUCCUGUGACCUCUAGCAUCAACAAGGCAUUUUCGCCCACAGGACUGCCGCAUACUGGAUGUUUUUCCCUUUCCACACCAUUCUUUGUAAACCCUAGAAAUGGUUGUGCGUGAAAAUCCCAGUAACUGAGCAGAUUGUGAAAUACUCAGACCGGCCCAUCUGGCACCAACAACCAUGCCACACUCAAAAUUGCUUAAAUCACCUUUCUGACAUUCAGUUUGGAGUACAGGAGAUUGUCUUGACCAGGACGACACCACUAAAUCCAUUGAAGCAACUGCCAUGUGAUUGGUUGAUUAGAUAAUUGCAUUAAUGAGAAAUUGAACAGGUGUUCCUAAUAAUCCUUUAGGUGAGUGUAUAUAGUUCAUUAAACCGAAUACACAAACACAAAUCCCUACGGAUAAAAAUUAUUUUUUGCACUAGCACUCGAAAUGACCUCGCUCUUUUACUGGCCGUGCUUUGUUGCAUACUUCAUGAGUUUACGUUGUGCUGUGGCUCUGUCAAUCACAAUACCUUCCUCUAAUGUGUACAUUCCCCUCACCAGCACUGAUCUUCAGAAAGCCCUGUUACAAACCACAGAGAUGCACAGUACAGCUGCUCUAUUACAUUAAAAGCUAAUGGUUAGAACAUGUUAAAAACAUUACAGUAUAAGAGUCAAGAUGUAUGUGAAUUAUUUUGUUUGGGCUCCUAAUGGCUUGAGUUCUCCAAUGACUCACCUUUGCCCUUACACCUAUUUACAUGAGCAAUGAGACUGUAUUUACCAAACGGAGUGUCUCUAUUCAUUAAAGCAUCCUGUCUGUGAGAGAUAGAGAGAGGGGAAGGAUUUUAUAUCCAAGCACUAAAGAAUGAAGGAAGGAGGAAGUUAUGCAACACCACAAUCAAAUCAACCUAUUCAGUACUGCAAUAAUACAGAACUGUGACAUCACUUUGAUUCUGUGUGAAACCAUGUGUUGGCAAUGGCCAAUAAGUGUGCACUGUCUUAUUUACACAACAAUGGCACUAAAAUAUCUGCCUCCUACUCUCACUUCCUUCCCUUGGCUGACGUAUCAUCACAUAUAUCCUGUCAAAUAAAGUUUAGAAGUUUAUUAUACCACCUCCGUGUGUUUGACAAUUUUUGGGUUUGGUUUGGAAGCAUUAAAAUGUUUUUUUUUUUUUUGCACAAAAAGUUUCACUCACAACAAGUGUCGUCCACUUAAUGCAAUGGACUCGUUCUUUAUUCUUAUAUUGAAUAAGAUGGUAGAAAGAGCAUUUUAAUGUUGGCUUGUGUUGUUCUGCUGUCCAGGGACUUGUUUACCAGUCUAUGAACUCACAUUCGUUGGCAUUGGCACCUCCUGACAACAUAAUAAAUUCAUGU